GUUUACUCUCACCCUUAGGACUAUUACUCGCACACACUGAAAAGACACAGUUUCCGAAUUGAGAAAAAAAGGAUUAAAACAAAAACGAAAAUUGGGAAUAAAACGGAGACGAAAAUUGGAAUCAUAACAGAUUCCGCAAUUCGGGAACAAAGCGGAAGAGAAUUGCUGGAUCGAAAAAGGAAAACGGACCAAAACAAAAACACACACACAGUCACGCCCAGUGCAUAUAAGAAGCCCCAACUACACAUAUAUGUAACGUAACGGUAUAUGUGUACUAGUAUAUAAUUUGCAAGCAGUUUUUAGUUUGGGGGGCGUUGUAGUAGUUGUAGUUGUCGUCCCAAAAGAGUGAAAUCUACAACUCCCCAACAAACCUCCAACAAAAACAAUCAGAACAACUACAACAACAAUAAGUAAGCAGCAAGAGCAAGAGGUAGGCAACAUUAGCAGCAGCAGCAGCAGCAGGAAGGAGAAAAGAUGGCGACAAGAGGCACUGGCACUCGCGUGCAAUCACAACCAAAAAUAUUUCCAUCAUUAUUUUCAAAACUACAUGGAGCCAUCUCGGAGGCAUGCGUAUCACAGCGUCUAUCCACCGAUAAGAAAACGCUAGAGAAGACAUGGAAACUUAUGGACAAGGUGGUCAAAUUGUGCCAACAACCGAAAAUGAAUCUAAAGAACAGUCCACCUUUCAUAUUGGAUAUACUGCCGGAUACGUAUCAACGAUUGCGUUUGAUAUACUCCAAAAAUGAGGAUCAGAUGCAUGUCCUGCAUGCCAACGAGCAUUUCAAUGUGUUUAUCAAUAAUCUGAUGCGAAAAUGCAAACAGGCCAUCAAAUUGUUCAAAGAGGGCAAAGAGAAGAUGUUCGAUGAGAAUUCCCACUAUCGGCGCAAUUUGACCAAACUAAGUUUGGUCUUCUCCCACAUGUUAAGCGAAUUGAAGGCCAUUUUUCCGAAUGGCGUCUUUGCCGGUGAUCAAUUUCGAAUUACAAAAGCAGAUGCAGCUGAUUUCUGGAAGAGUAACUUUGGUAACAGCACUCUGGUGCCUUGGAAGAUCUUUCGUCAGGAGCUGAACAAAGUUCAUCCCAUUUCAUCGGGUCUAGAGGCCAUGGCCUUGAAGACAACCAUCGAUCUGACGUGCAAUGAUUAUAUCUCGAAUUUUGAAUUCGAUGUCUUUACACGGCUUUUUCAGCCGUGGGUUACCUUGUUGCGCAAUUGGCAAAUAUUGGCCGUCACUCAUCCCGGUUAUGUGGCCUUUCUGACCUAUGAUGAGGUCAAGGCACGUCUUCAGCGUUAUAUCUUAAAAGCGGGUAGCUAUGUCUUUCGUUUAUCCUGCACUCGUCUGGGCCAAUGGGCCAUUGGUUAUGUUACGGCCGAAGGGGAAAUAUUGCAAACGAUACCGCAGAAUAAAUCUCUAUGUCAGGCCCUGCUCGAUGGUCAUCGUGAGGGCUUCUACUUGUAUCCCGAUGGUCAAGCCUAUAAUCCGGAUCUUUCAUCUGCCGUACAAAGUCCUACUGAGGAUCAUAUAACCGUUACACAAGAGCAAUAUGAACUUUACUGUGAAAUGGGGAGCACCUUUCAACUGUGCAAAAUUUGCGCCGAAAACGAUAAGGAUAUACGAAUUGAACCCUGUGGUCAUUUAUUGUGUACCCCUUGUCUCACCUCCUGGCAGGUGGACUCCGAGGGUCAGGGUUGUCCUUUCUGUCGUGCCGAAAUCAAGGGCACCGAACAGAUUGUUGUAGAUGCCUUUGAUCCGCGUAAACAGCAUAAUCGCAAUGCCACCAAUGGACGUCAACAGCAGCAGGAUGAUGAUGAUACAGAGGAUAUGGGUGACUUCAAUAUAGCCACCUCAUCGCUUCAUGCAUUGAGCACCAGCAACAAUACAUCGGCCAAUUCAUCGGCGGAGAAGCAUAGUCCACACACAUCGCCUCGCUUGGGUAGACGGAGCACUACACCCAGUUUAAUGGCUGUGCAAAAUGAUCUCUAUGCAGGUGGUGCACCGGGUCUAAGUCUACCCAGCGGAAGCAGCAGCAGCAGCAACACAAGCAACAACACAUCAUCAGCAGCAACAACUUCACAGGCAGCAGCAGCAGCUGCGGCAGCAACAACAUCUCCCCAACCAUCAGCUCCCCCAGCAGCAGCCGUUCUAAGCAAUGGCAGUUCAUGCAGUAGCUCCAGCAGUAGCCAGAAAUCUUCGAAUCGCAUGAGUGCCCCAUUGAUUGGCUCUUGUGUAUCGAACUCAACGUAUGGCAAAAGCAAUGGCAAUGGCAAUAGCAAUGGCAUUGGCAUUGGCAACGGCAACGGCAGCGGUGGAUGCAGCUCAUCCAGCGGUAGUACAUCCAGCAGCGAUAAUGCCUCCAUAAGCUCCUAUGCCAUAUUACAAAAUCUACAGGAUUCCAAUUUGUCGACAUCGCUGGUAGCGAUGGCAUCAUCUGCAUCAUCCCAAUCAACAGCAGCUCCACCCUUGCCACCGCGUAAAUCCUCACCGGGUGUAGAGACACCUGCAACAGCAGGAGCCACCACCAGCAAGGCGACAUCGGGCAUAAUCCCGCCAUCCAGUAGCAAGAGCAUUGAUAAUAUACAAUGCAGUUUGGAUAAUGUGCCGCCACAGACAACAGCACCGCCAAUACCGCCGCAUAUAAAUAGCAACAGUGUGGACACAUUGGCUGAGGAUUUGAUGCGGCAGCAGCGCAUAGCCACUAGCACCACAUCGCCGGUGUUGUCGCUAUUGGAUGAGGAUAUCGUUGAAGUGGGACCGGCUGAGACAAUUAGCGGUGUAAUCGAUACACGUCCCCUGGAAGCGCGUGGUGUGGUGUGUCUAACAAAACAGGAUAUAGCCAGUUCCCACUAUACACAAUUGUGCACCACCAGUUCGGGUGGAGGACAAUCAACUUCAUCAUCAUCAUCAUCAGCAGCGUCAGCAGCAGCCGCAGCUCUAAAUGCUUUGGCCAAUGGCAAAAAGGUUUUAUCUUCUUCAUCUGCAUCUGCAUCAUCCUCGACGACAACGACGACGGCAACAACAACCACACCAACUCCACCAACAGCAACAGGACAAGCAGCAUCGCCAGCAAUGGCAGCAGCAACAUUAGUGGGAACGACUAACCAACAGCAGCAGCAACCGCUGCUCUAUGCAAAUGUGACGAUCAAUCAAAAAGACUGCGGCUCAUCUGUGCCCUAUGAGAAUAUCAAUUUGGAAUACAUUGCUAGGCUAAUGAAUGCCGGUUACUCCAAAGAGAAUGCCAUUACAGCUUUGGGCAUAUCGCGUAAUAAUAUUGAAAUGGCUGGCGAUAUUUUGCGUGAAUUUGUAACCAAAAAUAGCGCCUAAAGUGCCACACACACACACACACACACACACCGAACCCUCCCCCAACCAGCCUCUAAACCAAAAACAUCUAACAAAGAAAUCAAGAAAGAUAUAUGUAUAACAAAAAAAAAAGAUAAAGAAAACUAAAAUCUAAUCUCUAGUCUUAAGCCAAGCAAAAAAAAAAAAUCUCAUAAAAUUCUCCUACUCUUCAUACACAUUUACAUACAUACA